GAGCGGGGAUGGCGCGGCCGGGCAGGAGGAACAGGAAAGUUGUCGAUUAUUCUCAGUUUGGGGAUUUGGAAGAUGACGAUGAGGACUUUGCACCUUCCAGCAAAAAAUCCAGAACUCAGCCCAAGGAACCGAAGAAGGAGAAAAAAGAGAAGCAAAAAAAGCCACCAAAAGAAGUGACUCAGUCACAAACACAGACACUUAGCAAAAGGUUAUCCUUGGAUGACAAACUCUAUAAGAGAGAUUUGGAAGUUGCCUUAGCCCUGUCCGUCAAAGAAAAAUCUGCAAAUAUCCUCGAGGUGCAAAAUUCAGAAGAACAAGAUAGGAGUGUUGAAUCAGAAAACACACACAGGAGUCCCUCUUUUUCCAACUGCAGUGCAGACAGUGAGAUUUUAGGUCUCAGUCAGGUGAUGGAUGAGGACACACCCCAGGGUGAUGGUGGGAAAGGAGCGGUGACAUCCCGAGUUGCAGCGCAGCAGAAAGUGGUUGACAGUGAUGGCAGAGAGCAGGACACUGACUCUGAGCCAGAGUCUGUCCCCACAUCACCUGUAGUUUCUCCUUCGUGGACAAUGGAACAGAAACCUGAGCCAAGGCAAAGGAUGACAUCCUCAGAGCCAGUUGGGAGGCCUCUGCUUGCAUCAAGUCCUGUAACACACACAAAGCCUAAAUGGACACCCCCAGCUCCAUCAGGAAGCAGUAAUUCCUCUGGGAGGUACGUUGCUGUGAAGUCACCUACUCACUGCCUUAGACUUGGCCUCUCCAGGCUGGCAAGAGUCAAACCACUGCACCCCAGUGCCACCAGCAGCUAAGUGGUCAGUGGCAAGGUGCCACACGAAGGAAAAGACUGUGGAGAGUGUUUUGCUUAUAAACAGCACCGUGGCAUCAUCCGUUUUGGAGGACUCUUGCUGAUGGAUGGUGUUGUAAUGAGUUUUUAUCCUGCAUCUUGCUGGGCAUCCUUAAGUGCUGCCGAAUAAUUGUGUUAUUUAAUCCAGGUGGCAUCUGGGUCACCAGCUUUUUCAUGUGUUAUAUUCACAGAUGUUGGUUUGUGAUAAUUUUAGUCCUCUAAUAUCCAAACUCUUGGCAAUAAAAUAGCCUAGACAGCAGUAUGUAUGACAGGAAAUAUGCUUUUUUAGAAUGUUGUAUUUUUUUAAAAACUAAAAUAAAAUACUUUAUAUAAUCU